AUGCCAUGCAGUGAGAUGGUGAAACAAAUAACCCCAUAUGGAGAAGACUGCAGAAGUAAAACGUACCCUCCUUCAGGACCAACGUUCCUCGGGAACGUUCCCACGUAUGUCAUAAAUCUCGAUUUACCUCCCAGCAAGAGAUGGGAUGAGUUGAUGCGUGACAAAAAGACACAGGUGAAGACCGUAAUCGACAAUAUUAAAGAAAUAGUAAAUACGUUCUUCCCUAGUGGCAAAGUUGUUGACUUGGUGGAUCACAAAUUGGGACAUCUGACUGCCACACUUCCUUAUCCUUUCAAAGAAGAGCUCCAAGGGAUUGCAAAUGCCUCUGGAAUUCCUUUGGGGGAAAUUGUUAUUUUCAACAUCUUCUAUGAAAUUUUUACUGUCUGUACUUCCAUAGUGGCAGAAGAUAAAACAGGGAGACUUUACCAUGCCAGAAACUUGGAUUUUGGACUCUUUCUUGGGUGGGAUGUUAAAAACAAUUCCUGGACUUUAACUCGGGAACUGAAACCCACAGUGGUAGUGCUGGACUUCCAGAGAAACAACAAAACAGUAUUUAAGUCUACAAAUUUUGCAGGAUAUAUAGGCAUGGUGUCUGGAGUCAAGCCUGACGCUUUCACCCUGACCAUGAACGAGCGUUUCAGCCUUGAUGGUGGUUAUAUAGGAAUGUUUGAGUGGUUUCUUGGUAGAAGAGAUGGUAUGUGGAUGGGCUUUCUCACCAGAUCAGUCCUAGAGAACGCUACAAGUUACGAGGAUGCAAAAGAAAAACUGACAAAAACAAGACUGUUGGCUCCAGCUUACUUUAUACUGGGUGGAAAAAACUCCGGAGAAGGCUGUGUGAUAACUCGCUCCAGGACAGCUACCCUUGACGUCUGGGACCUUGAUAUAAAGAAAGGCUCAUGGUACGUGGUAGAAACAAACUACGACCGCUGGAAGCCGCCCCUGGUGCUGGACAACCGCCGAACGCCUGCGAUGAAGUGCCUCAACCAGACGAAGCAGGAGGUGACCGUCCCCGAGGACCUAACCGCCCUGUUCCAAAGUGCUCCAGUCGCAUCAGAGCAGUUACCAGACACAGCCAGGGACAAUCAGGGCACUUGCAGGCAGAGCUGGAAUGGCAGGAGCAGCUAG